GACAUAAGAAAGUUUUCGAUCUUCAAUUCAUAUCCGAUUCGAUAUCCUCGCGUUUUGUUUCCUUUAUUUUUGUUCGAUUCGGCUCGGAUUUAGGGAGUUCGUGUUCGUGCCGCGGAAGGAUACGCGUGUUCCGUCUCUGAUUUGUUUUUAUUUAUUUAUUUAUUUAUUUAUACCUCGUGUCCAGCAAGAAGGUUAGUAGUUUCCUAUAUCCGAGGAAGCAAUUUGGUCGCGCUAUAUAUCUUCUCUGGUGUUUCGGCGCGUAGGUUUGAGCCCUAGAGAGUUGUUCGCUCGCGUUCUCCAAUUGAUUCCUUUGUCCUCGACGAGUCGACGAGCAAGCAAUCGAUUCCUCCGGUGGAGCUAUCCGGGUUAACUACAAUGCAUCAGGCUCGUCCUUCAAUGGAAAGGGAUCCAUGCCCAGAUCGCAUCCUUGAUGAUAUUGGUGCGUCUUUUGGCAUGGGUGCAGUGGGAGGUUCUUUCUUCCACUUCGUCAAGGGUCUCCGCAACUCGCCCAGUGGUGCACGGUUUGCUGGCGGCAUGGAGGGUGUGCGGAUGAAUGCGCCACGUGUUGCCGGUGGCUUUGCUGUUUGGUGUGGCCUCUUCUCAGCUUGUGAUUGUGCCCUAGUUUCUGUGCGUCAAAAGGAGGACCCCUAUAAUUCCAUCAUUGCUGGUGCGGCCACCGGCGGCAUUCUUGCUGCUCGUCAGGGCUUACGUGCGGUUGCUCGUGCAUCCCUGCAAGGCGCGGUUCUCUUAGCCCUUGUUAGUAGUUUUGGGAUCAUGAUGAAUAGAUUACCUGAUGCUGGAUCAAUGCCAGUCAACAAGACUGAGACUUGUAAGGAGCCACAAAUGCCAGAGACUUUUGAUGUGCCUAGCACACCACCACCAUCGUUUGAGUACAAGUAGAAUCCUGUAAGGGGAUCUCUCAGCUGAUGGGCUUUAUUUUACUACUGUUGAUGCUCCUCUGUUCAGGCAUAUCUCUUUUUUAAGUGCCUUUCGGGUGGUUGUUGCCCAAUCUUGAAAAUAAGGACACAGUAAGGUAGAUGCAAAACAUAUUUUCUAUGUGGAAUUGUGCUAUACGUUUGUUUGUGAUGUACACAAGAACUAUAAGAGUCCAUCUUUCACCUUUUCUUGUUUGUCCUUAGUUGGAUGUACUGUUUAAUGAUGCAUUCGCUGUGA